CCAUUUUCAAAAUAAUCUUCAUUUCAAAAUGCUGGGCUUAGUAGAGUGUAUUUCGGCUUGAACACACAGCCCAAAAUUUUGAAGCCCAUGUAUUUCCCCUCCCUCUCUCCCUCUCUCAAUCUCGAUUCUCAUAAGGCAACAACGUUCUUUUUUCUGCGUCAACUCAUGUAUUGAUAUAGAGGUUUGUUCAUCUGGUGUUGCUUUUCUAAUCAAUUAUGGCUUACGAGUUAACUGAGAUAAAGAAGGCUGGUAUAGGACUAAUUGGUUUCGGCAUUUUCUUCACAUUUCUUGGCGUAGUUCUCUUCUUUGACCGUGGUUUGCUUGCUCUGGGAAAUAUAUUUUUCUUGACAGGGAUAGCCAUUUUGCUUGGCUGGCGUUCUACUUGGACACUUUUCACUAAUAGAGCGAACUAUAAGGGUACUGCAUCAUUUCUUUUGGGUCUAUUUUUCAUUUUUGUGAGGUGGCCAAUAGUUGGUAUAAUACUUCAAAUAUACGGUUGUUUUUUUCUCUUCAGUGGUUUCUGGUCUUCUAUCAAAGUGUUCCUCUAUCACAUCCCUGUUGUUGGAUGGAUUAUACAGUUUAUAUCUCCUCCUUGAUUGUCACAUGGCGACAUGAUUGAUUAGCUUAGUGAGAUGUAAGCAGCAUGUAAUUUAUGUAAAAAAGUCGUACUUGGUAAGGAUAUUUUGUUGAUUCAAGGAUCAUGGUGCCCUUAGAUUUUGUUUUAACUUUCAAUGUAAACAAGAGGCAAGCUAGUUAUCCUCUAAGUUCUACUACCAUGAAGGCUCGUUACUGAUGUCGGACCGAACAUAGGAAGAUUGUUAAUGUUAGGCCAAAGGCCGAAGUGCAGGAUUAACCAAUGUGAAUAACCAUUUUUAUACUAGGAUAAUCACCGUAGAGUGAAAAAUCCCAGUAAACGACCAUGCUUUUAGCAUGGUAAUUCUGAACUGAAUUUAACCUAAAUCAGAUAUGUGCUUCUAAAUUUUAGCAAAAUUUGAUAUUAUCUUUUGACC